CGGAGCGAAAGGGAUGGAGGGAAACAAUAAAGUCCGGGAUCGCUGUGGAGUCUGAGUUUUUCGCAAGUACUCAGCAGAGGCCUCCGGACCCGAACUGCUUGCUCCGGACCCCGCAUUGGCGGCGGGCCUGGCUGCGGUUGCGAGGCAAUGAGAAGGGAGGAUCGGCCGAUUGGAAACCGGAGUUAAACUUCGCAUCAGGAUCUGGAGGAGUUGCCCAGUCUGUUGCGACCUGACUGCCAGCGGGCUUUGGGACAUGGAAGGCGCAAGCGCCAUUGAGGGCGGAGAGAAACCGUACGCAUGCAGGCUGAACUUCGGCCAGCCGCCCGAGCUCAGGAGCCACCGGUGCAGUCGGCCCGGGGAGAAACCGUGGAAAUGCGGGGACUGCGGGGCAGGGUUCCGCUGCUCGUCGGAACGGGAGGCACACCGGCGGGGUCACACCGGCGAGAGGCCGUUCACCUGCCCUGAGUGCGGGAAGGGAUUCACCCGCACGUCCACCCUGCUGAGGCACCGGCGGGUUCACACAGCGGAGCGGCCUUUUGAAUGCCCGCUCUGUGGCAAGCACUUCAAGAGCCCCAGCGAGCUGAUCUUCCACCAGCGCGCUCACACCGACGAGAGGCCCUUUAAGUGCCCGGACUGCGGCAAGUGCUACAAAAGCUCCAGCAACCUGAUGUCCCACCGACGCCUGCAUGGAGAGGAGCGACCUUUCACCUGCCCCGACUGCGGGAAGAGUUUCAAAAGUUCCAGCACUCUGGUGUCCCACAAACGCGUUCACACCGACGAGAGGCCCUUUGAAUGCCUGGAUUGUGUGAAGAGCUUCAAAAGCUCCAGGGAACUGACGCGCCACCGACUCGUCCACACCGAGGAGAGACCCUUCAAGUGCCCGGACUGUGGCAAGUGCUACAAAAGCACCAGCAACCUCCUGUCCCACCAGCGCGUUCACUCGGAGGACAGACCCUUCAAGUGCCCGGAGUGCGGGAAGUGCUUUAAGAGCUCCAGGGAUUUGACGUCCCACCGGCGGGUGCACUCGGACGAGAGACCCUACCGAUGCUCGGACUGUGGGAAACGCUUCAAGAGCCCGGGGGAGCUGAUCCUCCACCAGCGCGCCCACACCAGCGAGAGGCCGUUCCGGUGCUCUCACUGCGGCACUGGGUUCAGGCGCUCGUCCCAGCUCACGACGCACCGGCGGGUUCACACCGGGGAGAGGCCGUUCCUCUGCUCUGAGUGCGGGAUGGGAUUCACGCGCACGGCUUACCUGCUGAGACAUCAGCAGGUUCACAAGUGACCACACCCGUCUAGAUUUGCUGUUAAACCCGUCCAGAAGGGCCACUGUGACGGUCGGGUUCCUUUCUCCUAAUGAAUGCCAGACCGGUUUUGAGGUGUUAAUAUUCUGAAUGACACUGAAAUAAAUCAGCGUUGUGAUAUAAUCCAACGUUGCGUUGAAUCUUUUUAAUAUCUUGAACGUGAGUCGGUGUGAACGAAAUAGAAAAGAAAUUUUCCUCAUCCCACCAUCGGUUCAUCAGGUGUUCCUUCCUAGAAACUGAGUGGUGACCUUAUAGAGUUUUAUAAAAUCACAAGGGGUACGAAUAGGGUGAAUAACCAAUGUCUUUCUCCCCAAGGUAGGGGGGAGUCUAAGAUGAGAGGGCAUAGGUUUAAGGUGAGAACAGAGAGGUUUAAAAGGGACCUGAGCGGUACGUUUUUGAAGGUGAGGGAGAUAUUU